AGAGGUUGUAAAACAGGGGAAAGGCCACACAAGAGUCUAUCCAUUCAAAAACAUGCAUGAACAAACCAUUCGAACAACGACAGGUAUUCUACAGCAUGGGUUGUCGGCGAUGGAGAGUGGGAAUGUCGAAAUGGGCAUUAAAGGUGUAUCUUCCCUACUUGAGUUAGAUUGGUUCGACAUGGUGUAUGGAAUGGUACCUGACUACAUGCACGGUUUGUUGCUGGGAGUGACCAAAAAAAUUCUUUCCCUGUUGUUUUCACCAUCAAAUUCUAAAAAAAACCAUACUUCAUUGGAAAAAACAUCAAAAGUAUUGACAAAAUUCUAAAAAAUAUGAAACCAACAGAUCAAAUUUCUCGUUUGCCAAGAAAAGUUGAAAAAAAUCUCCAUCAUUUUAAAGCUUCUGAACUACAGAUGUGGCUGCUGUAUUAUUCAAUUCCAUCUCUGAUGAUCUUUCUGCCCCAGGAAUAUUUGCACCAUUUAGGCCUCCUUGUAGAAGGCAGCUAUCUUCUUCUGUCAGACAAGAUAACAAACCAAGAUUUGCAAAGAGCAGACUAUGUUCUUGCCGAUAUUUACAGGGAAUUUGCAGUUUUAUAUGGUACAAACAAUUGCACCCUUAACUUGCAUAAUGUUGGCUGCCAUUUAACAACAUAUGUUAGGAAGUUUGGACCUUUAUGGGCAUGGUCCUGUUUUCAGUUUGAGGACCUGAAUGGUUCCAUCCUUGAUUCCGUCCAUGGUACAGGAGAUGUUUGCUUGCAAAUAAUGUGGAUGGUGCAAGCCCAAAAACGUCUCUCUCUGGAUGCCUCGCAUAUUUCCAAUCCAAUUUUCAAAACUUUUGUGGAGGAAAUGACCCAUUCUAAUAGAAGGACUGUCACCAUCAAACAAAGAGCUGAGAAUUGUCAAAUAGCUGGGGGAAUAACAGGCAUUUCUACAGAAAAUCUUCCAUUCGAAAAUGAUAUCCGAGCAUUGUUAGACAUUGAACAUGAUUUGGGAAGGCUAUCAAAAGCACUCAGGAUUGUUCGUGGUGAUGUAGUAUUCUACAGUGAACAUUACAGUCGCAUGAAAAAAAGGAUUGCGUAUGUUGUUACAACUGACCCUGCAGCCUCUGGAAUUAAUCUUGCAGCAGUUCAGUAUUUUAUCCUCCACCAUGCAACAAACAAAUGUUUUGCAGUAAUUCGCCCUCUUCGUAUCCAUGAAGGCAGCCCAUAUGUUCAUAAUGAAGUACACCAUCUUAUCCGAGUUGAGAAGAUAGACAACCAAGAGAAAGUGAUCCUUGUUGAAAGUAUUUGUGAAAAAGUGUUGUUUCUUAAUGGAAACAAAGAUUAUGCUUGCAUUGCUCGAUUGCCAAAUUUAUAUGGAUUGUGUUCAUGAACAAUUUCAGCUUUCAAACUCUCCAGGGUAAUUUAGUAAUAGACAUCUAUAUUUAUUCAAAACAUUAUAAACUUGCACAGUAUAUAUUAAAAAACUGUAUUUAUUGUUUUGAAAUUUUAGGUCUAAGAGAGUUUUUAUUCAAGUAUGGAAUUCUGUCAUUCUUGAUUCUUAUUAGAGAUCUUUUCACAUCCAGAAUUUUACAUGUCAGCUUUUGGAUAAAUAUACCAUCAUAAAAAUUGCUAUGUCAGUUGUUGUUGUAAACUUUUGAACCCCAAAAUGCCACUGUUAUU